UUAUGAAUGUUCCUGUAGCUUAAUUGGCCCUCUCUGCGUUAGAGAGGCAUUUUCUGUAUUGGGAAGUGUUCUUCUCGGAAGUAGAGAGGUCGUCUUCGCACAUGAGACCGUUGUGCGAAGAUAUACUCGGAAAACUGGACACUUCACUAUUGGCAUCAUAGUAGCUCCUUUCAUGGGUGCAUUCUCCCGUGCUGCGGAAAGAGCAUCCAAUUCGUCUGGGGAUAUG